CUGAGACUUGUCAAAGUAUUCAUACUUACUUUGUGCAUAACACUAGAAAUGGCUUUGGUGAACACAUUACUAGUUCUGGCUUUCUGUUGGCUCUUGGUAGUCGACGCCAGCCCCAAGUCGAAAGCCCUUGACAGGCACAACGAGUUGAGGGAAAAACACGGCUGUCCGGCACUGGAACUGGACGACGAGCUAACCCGUGAUUGUGAGAACUAUGCUAGAGAGCUUACGAGCAUGGGAGAAAUUAAACAUUCAAUUGCUAAUGGAUUAUACUCCGAAAACUUGUGCUAUCGGUCUAAAGAUCCCCAUAAAUGUGUUCAAGAUUGGUACGAUGAAAUCAAAGAUUAUGAUUUUAGCAAGCCUGGUUAUAAAAAGAUAACAGGACAUUUUACCGCCAUGGUGUGGAAAAAAGCCAAGAAAAUGGGUUUUGGCCAAGCCAAAGAUGAAAAAGGAAGCUUCUACGUAGUAGCGCGGUAUUCGCCACAAGGAAAUGUAGAAGGGGAGUUCAAAGAAAAUGUCCCGAAACCGAAGGAUGGAAAGAAUAACUCCAAUCUACCUCAAGUCGAUGCCAUUCUCGUCAUACUUGCGUUCUGCCUGCACUUCAGGAUUUGAGGCCCCUUGUGCCGUGCUCUUCUCGAGCCAUUUUCGGUUGUAAAUUUUUAGUAUAUUUAAAAAUGAUCCAUAUAUAUCUCAGUAAAAAUGUUUCGGCUUCUAAAAUAGUUGUUGUCUCGUAAAGAAUACUUUACAUUGAAAUGGGGACGUUUUGAGUUAUGCCUAAUAAACUCGCAGCAAACUAAAUAAAAUACGACAAAUUAUUCAGCGAA